AAUAACCAAAAACAAAAAGUUACAAACAUAACGAAUCUACAAGGAUUUGGACAGUUUUUUCUCCUCGCAAUUUAAAGGCCUCCGAGCUCAAAAAACGGCGUUUUUAUUUUUAUUUUUAUUUUUUGGAGCAUGGCAUUCCGUGUUCCUUCUCUCCUUACCUUUAUUUUUCUACUUUUUUCCCUCCCAUUUUGUAUUUCCCAUGGCUUAUUUGAGCUCCGGAGCAAACCCAAAUCAGAGAAGCAUGAGUUGAUUCUUCUGCGAAGAUUAAUUGCCGAGGAGGUGCCUCCCUCUACUGAUCUGUCUGAGGGUAAUGGCUCCUUCGUCUUGGCGGCGGAGAGGACUCGGAGAAGAGACCCUCUGGAUGAGUUCAAGGAAUACACUGGUGGCUGGAACAUCAGCAAUGAGCAUUACUGGACCUCUGUGGCUUUUACCGCGAUUCCGCUGCUCGUCAUCGCCUCGGUGUGGCUCGUCGGCUUCGGCUUGGCUCUGUUCUUUAUCUGUUGCUGCUAUUGCUGCUGCCGACGCCAGUCCUAUUCUUAUUCUCGCGCGGCAUAUGCGCUCUCCCUCAUACUGCUCAUACUUUUCACCCUCGCCGCUAUCGUCGGAUGCAUUGUGCUGUACAACGGCCAGGGGAGAUUUCACGCGAGCACGACGAAUACGUUGAAAUAUGUUGUGGGUCAAGCUGACUUAACAGUGGACAAUCUGAGGAAUUUCUCGGGAAGCUUGGCUUCGGCUAAAAAAGCUGGCGUGAAUCAGAUUUUCCUUCCUGCCAACGUCCAGAGCAAGAUCGACGUCCUAGACACGAAGUUGAACUCGUCGGCAAAUGCUCUCGCUAAUCGGACCGCCAACAACUCCAAGAAGAUUAAGAAUGUUUUGGAUGCAGUGCGAUUGGAUUUGAUCAUAGUUGCUGCCGUGAUGCUUGUUUUGACUUUUCUUGGAUUCUUGCUCUCUGUUCUUGGAAUUCAGUUCCUUGUAUCAGUCUUGGUGCUUAUCGGAUGGAUUCUUGUGGCGGGCACGUUUAUUUUGUGUGGUGUUUUCCUUCUGCUACAUAAUGUGGUGGCCGAUACGUGCGUCGCAAUGGACGAAUGGGUAACGCACCCUCGCGCCCACACAGCACUGGACGAUAUCCUUCCCUGUGUCGACAUUGCCACUGCGAACGAGUCCCUCUACAGAAGCAAGGAAGUGACUUUCCAGCUGGUGAAUCUCGUCAACCAAGUGAUCCUCAAUGUUUCGAAUAAGAACUUCCCUCCAAUGUUGGCGCCUUUGUACUAUAACCAGUCCGGGCCGUUAAUGCCGAUCCUCUGCAACCCUUACACAUCCGACAUGAGCAAUCGGACGUGUGUCGCCGGAGAAGUCGGCCUGGACAGCGCAUCACAGGUUUGGAAAGGAUAUAAAUGCCGAAGCAGUGUUGUUUCCGGGGCCGACAUAUGCACGACCGAGGGCCGCGUCACGCCGGCACUCUACGACCAAAUGACUGCAGCUGUUUCCAUAAGCCGAGGCCUGUACGAUUACGGCCCGUUCCUUUCGCAACUCCUGGAUUGCACUUUCGUGCGCGAGACUUUCACUUCCAUAAGCAGUAACAACUGCCCGAGCCUCGACGAAUACACCAGGUGGAUUUACGUAGGCCUCCUUAUUGUCUCCGCCGCAGUUAUGCUCUCUUUGGUGUUCUGGGUCGCGUACGCUCGCGAGAGGCGUCAUAGGAUGUACAACAAGCAGUUCCUUGCGCGGUCGAGCCAGGCGCCGUACCCUCUACGAGAGAAGUCACCUUAUGAUGUAUAAAAGUGUUGCUGUUGUUGCUGCUGCUGUUUUUGUAUGUAAUGUAAUUCAACUUGUGUGGGCUCCUCAAUUCACAUUCAUUUUGAAUUGUGAUAAUGUGCAUAUUGAUGUUACAUUGUUACAUUACACCUUGGUUAAGCUAUUGUUACAUUACACCUUGGUUAAGCUAUUUACUAUUUAGAUGGAAUGUUUAGUCAU